UCAACCGAGGAGAUCUCUUAAAUGAGAUUACUUACCAACCCCAGAAUAACUAUAACUUAGAGCUUAUUUCAACCGAGGAGAUCUCUUAAACGAGAUUAUUCAUCAACCCCAGAAUAAUUAUGGCCUAUAGCUUAUUUCAACCGAGGAGAUCUCUUAAGCAAUUAAUUACUCAUCAACCCCAGGAUAUGACGCCAUAUGAAGUGAUGGCCAAAUUCACCCUUUCAUGAUAAUUAUUUAUUUGGCCGUGGCCAUGCAAACCCUCCUUCUAAACCAAGUCGAAGGGAUCUAGGACAAGUUAGUCGCACUAUGGGUCUUCAGUACAAAGUCUUUUACUCUCGGCGACCUGGGGUGAACCGCUCCGUGCCCGCCGGCCACGACCACUUGAAAUGGGUCCCAAGCAGCUCGACUUUGAUCUACGGGGAAAUCGAUGCAGCUCUCAUCGACACGCCUCUUACGAUUGAGGCUGGAAAGCAGCUCGUGGAGUGGGUAGUUGCCAGUGGGAAGAACUUGACCCAGAUUUACGUCACGCACGCCCAUGGGGACCAUUUCUUUGGGUGCGCGGCACUGCUCCAGGAGUUUCCGAAGGCGAAGGUGUUAGCGACUAAAGAAGUUGUGGUUCGGAUGGAACAAGAAAUUCGACCUGAGAGGCUGAACAGUUUCUGGGCUCGACUCUUCCCCGGCGAGAUUCCCACGGGAUUGGUGACGGCAGAGCCUCUCCCCAUCGACGAAUUUGAAUUGGAAGGGGAGAAAUUGGUGGUUGUGAGGACUGGCCAUACCGACACCGAUGAUACCACUGCUCUCUGGGUCCCUUCAAUUGGGCUGGUUGUCACCGGCGAUUCGGUGUAUAACAAUACACAUCCUUACCUCGGAGAAUCCGGGAGCAAGCAGAAGCGACUGGAGUGGAUUGCCUCAUUAGACAAGAUUGCCGCCCUCAAACCAGACUUUGUGGUCGGUGGACACAGUGAUCCGAGCAAGGGACACAGCCCGGCUGCUAUCGGUGAAACGAAGAGUUACCUGCAAGACUUUGAACACUUCCAUGAAAUAACUACCACGGUUGAUGAGCUAUAUUAUCGGAUGUUGGAAAAACACCCGGACCGCCUGAAUCCAGGUUCCCUCUGGGGGGCUGCAACAACCGUGAAGAACGCUUCCCAGGUGUGAGAUGUCCUCGCUAUCUAAGGUGGCCGUAGCGCGUGAUCUGCUCAUCUCGACUACACGCGUAUCUUGGUUUCCGCUGCUUAGUUGUCAUUCUUUGCAAUAUCAUGACUCAAUUUAUUCCUUGCUACUAUAAAGUGC